UUCGUGUGAGACGCAUCGAUCAGAGCGGACGCUUUGCUUGCUUUUUGCCGGCCAGGAGUUUCCUUUAAAUUCUCGAGAUGACCUUGGUGUUGAAGCCAAAGCAUUCAUUAUUGGGGAAGAGCUUGUUGCCGGUGAUUAUGGAAUUGAAGUCUAAUCAACCUGGGAUGCAGAUAGAUACAUUCGCACGGUUGAAGAAGGAUCAUCCAUUAGAGAAAUAUUCGUUGGAAGAGUUGAAAGUAGAAUUCAACAGACUUACAGGGGAGACAAUCCAGUCUUUGUUGAUCAUCCUGAGUCAGGAGGAGUCAGUGGAUUUGGUUAGGAAGAUUAUGCAUUUUUCAAUUUUGCAUGCAAAUAAUGUGGGAGCACCCAAGGGUCAGGUUUUGACGGAGAUAGCGCCAUCUGCUGCUGGUAGCAGUGGUCCUUGUACUGGUAACGGGGAUGGUGCGGCCAAUCUUGAAGAUAGACUGAAAGGAUUGGAGCAGAACGUAUCGGUGUUGAAGUCUAAGUCAGGAGAACAGAAGGUGGAUGAUGCAAUCCGACAGGUGGAGGUUACACAGGAUGAAAGGUCUUCACUUACAAGAAAUUUGAAGAGUUUUGAUUAUUUUAGUGAAAACCGUCUCCAGUAUUUGUAUUCUUUGGUAGAUAAUUCUAGUUAUGCUAAAAAACUGUCAUCUUUAGGGAAAGAAUUCAAUAAGUUCGUCAGAGAACAAUUUUAUGUGGAUAUUUUGCAGACUACCCCGUAUCAUGUGCAAAUGUUUUUGAUAUUUAAAGAUAAGAAAGGGAAAACAAAGGUUCAUGAUAUUCAUUGUGGAUAUUUAGGGAAGAUGUCUGAUGUAAGUGAAUGUUCAUGUCCAAAGAGAUUAGCUUUUGGAACAGUUCAGUCUUUGAUCGGUCAGUUGAAAACAGUAUUUGAGGAUUUAGGGUUGGGAAAAGAUUGGGAUAGGAAUUUGAAUGGGGGUAAUCCUGCAUGUGCCCCUAUGGUAAAGAAAUAUUUGAAGGCAAUCAAAAAAGAGCAGUCAAUAGCACACAUUGUUCCAAAACAGGCAAAACCUUUAUUUUUGUCAAAAUUAAAAGCUAUUUGUUGUUAUAUUGAUGAAAAUCUGCAGUCAGGAAGUCUGGGGGUGGAUAAGAGGUUUAUUUACUUGAGGGAUCAGGCUUUUUUCAAAAUUCAGUUUUUUGCAGGAGAUCGAGCAAAUGAUUUAGGACAAUGUAUUGCUCAAGAGAUGAAGUGCCUGCCAGAUAAUGAAGGUUUGCUUUUUUCUCAUAUGGUAGGAAAAACUUUGUCAAACGGUCAGGUGAAUCAGUUUACUAUAUUUAGAAUUCAUGAUAAAUCUGUGUGUCCUGUGCAUGGUUUAGAAACAUAUGCUGUAGGAGUGAAGUCAUUAGGCAUUGACAUUUCUUCUGGUUACUUGUUCAGGCCUUUGAGCCGUUCGGGUAAGGAGAUUUUGGAUGCACCUUUAUCCUCGUCAGUAGUUUAUACUAGAUUGAAACACUACCUUGCAGUGUUAGGUGUGGAUCAAGGGGAAACUCCACAUAGUUUAAGAUCAGGUUGUACAAUAUCCUUAGCUUUGUCGGGGUUGGAUCAAUCUUCUGGAGUUAUUAUGAACCAUAUCGGUUGGGCUACAAAAUCCACUUUCGAAAGAUACUCUAGAAUUUCAAAGAUUGCUGAUAGGGGAGUCAUAGGGACAGCACUGGCAGGGGUUGCAUCUCGGGAAGGAGACGCUGAGAGAAAAUUCUUAAAAUUUGGAGAUGAUUCAAAUUUAAAACCAUUUUUGUAGAGAUCAGGAUAAGAUAUUUUAGUUUUGGGGAGAAUAUGAGCUUAAAACCUUUAUGAUUGAGAGUUGAUUGUUUAUAUGUUUUGGGAGCAAUUUUGUGUAUUCCAAGUAUUUAAUAUGUUAAGAUGAUUUAUGAUGAUAAUGAUGUAUUAAGGGCUGUAAAGUAUAUUCAUUCUAUGUUUGUAUUUUAUGAGUGGAUAUCAAUCAUCAAAUUUAUGAAUUUUGUGUAGUAAUAAAUUUGUAUAUGCAGCUUUUCAAAUGCUAUGUUGAUAAUUAAAUAUAAUGACAAGUUAA